AUGCUGAUACGCCUUACCAGAAGUCCGCUUCUGCGCCACACCAACGUACUCAAGCCACACUCAAAAUGGAAAUACUCCACCAAAGUCGAGUAUAAGCCGAUUCGCAGUGUCUUGGUGGCCAAUCGAGGAGAAAUAGCUGUACGUGUGUUCAGAGCUUGCAAUGAACUCGGGAUCAAAUCAGUGGCCAUCUAUUCCAAAGAAGAUAGAUCACACAUCCACAGGCUCAAGGCUGACGAGAGUUACUUAGUGGGCGAAGGCUUGGCUCCGGUCGCAGCCUACCUGAACAUUCCAGAGAUAAUCAAGAUCUGCAAGGACAACGGUAUAGAUGCCGUGCAUCCAGGCUACGGUUUUCUAUCUGAGCGCUCUGACUUCGCUCAGGCGGUCAUCGAUGAGGGGAUCAGGUUUAUCGGGCCUACGCCAAAGGUAGUUUAUCAGAUGGGAGAUAAGGUGGCUGCGAGAGAAGCUGCCAUUGCGGCAGGUGUCCCGAUCGUACCAGGAACGGACGGACCAAUCACAACGAAAGAAGAGGCCAAAGAAUUUUGUAUCAAACACGGCCUCCCAGUCAUUUUCAAGGCCGCCUACGGCGGUGGGGGUAGGGGUAUGAGGGUCGUCAGGAAAAUGGAGGAGGUGGAAGAGAAUUUCCAAAGAGCUUCUUCUGAAGCCUUGAGUGCCUUCGGAAACGGAGCCAUGUUCAUCGAGAAGUUCAUUGAGAGGCCGAGACAUAUUGAGGUUCAGUUGUUGGGUGAUAAGGCUGGAAACGUCGUGCAUCUGUACGAACGAGACUGUUCAGUGCAGAGAAGACAUCAAAAAGUGGUAGAAAUGGCCCCUGCACCCCACUUAGACCCCAAAGUAAGGAAACAGAUGACGGAUUUGGCCGUGAAGUUGGCGAGACACGUGGGAUAUGAAAACGCCGGCACCGUGGAGUUCUUGUGCGACGAGAAGGGCAACUUCUAUUUCAUUGAAGUGAACGCUAGAUUGCAGGUAGAGCACACGGUCACUGAAGAAAUCACCGGAAUAGAUUUGGUACAGGCCCAGAUCAGGAUUGCUGAGGGUAUGACGUUGCCGGAAUUAGGAAUUUCCCAAGAGAAAAUCGAACCUCAAGGUUACGCCAUCCAAUGUCGUGUGACAACAGAAGACCCAGCAAAGAACUUUCAACCGGACACCGGCCGUAUUGAAGUCUUCCGGUCUGGAGAAGGAAUGGGAAUCCGUCUGGACGGGGCCUCUGCUUUCGCGGGCGCCAUCAUUUCCCCCUACUAUGACUCGCUGCUGGUCAAGGUCAUCGCCAAGUCCAAGGACCUGCAGAGCUCGUGUGCGAAAAUGAACAGGGCCUUGCGAGAGUUCCGUGUAAGGGGAGUCAAAACGAACAUUCCGUUCCUGCUGAACGUCCUCGAGAACCAGAAGUUCCUUAACGGUUCCGUCGACACGUACUUCAUCGACGAGAACCCACAGCUGUUCCACUUCGCGCCCACCAAAAACAGGGCGCAGAAGCUGCUGAACUAUAUGGGGGAGGUGCUGGUUAAUGGGCCACAGACCCCUCUGGCCACCAGCCUCAAGCCGGCUGAGGUCAAGCCCCACGUUCCUGAUGUCUCGCGGGAAUACCUGGCAGACGAUCGGCAUAAAAAUCCAAAUUGUCAACCACCCAGAGGUUUCCGUGACAUCUACAAACAACAAGGACCAGAAGCCUUCGCGAAAGCAGUUAGGAACCACAAAGGUUUGCUGCUCAUGGACACCACUUACCGAGAUGCCCACCAAUCGCUUUUGGCUACUAGAGUGAGGACUCACGACCUCCUGAAGAUCUCCCCCUUCGUUACCCACAACUUCAGCCAACUGUACUCCUUGGAGAACUGGGGUGGCGCCACUUUCGACGUAGCUCUACGCUUCCUCCACGAAUGCCCGUGGGAGAGGCUAGAGGAGAUGAGGAAACUCAUCCCCAACAUUCCCUUCCAGAUGUUACUGAGAGGUGCUAAUGCUGUCGGGUACACCAACUAUCCGGAUAACGUCGUCUUCAAAUUUUGUGAAUUAGCGGUUCAAACUGGUAUGGAUGUCUUCAGGGUUUUCGACUCCCUGAACUACCUGCCGAAUUUGAUCGUUGGUAUGGACGCCGCAGGGAAAGCUGGCGGAAUCGUAGAAGCCGUCAUCGCCUACUCUGGUGACGUCAGCGAUCCCAAAAAGAAGAAAUACGAUCUCAAUUACUAUCUGAAAAUUGCCGAUGAACUUGUCAAAGCUGGAACACACGUACUGGCCAUCAAAGAUAUGGCUGGAUUGCUCAAACCAAAGGCUGGAAGACUGUUGGUAACUGCCCUGCGCGACAAGUAUCCCGAGCUGCCCAUCCACAUUCACACGCACGACACGAGCGGCGCUGGCGUCGCUGCGAUGCUAGCAUGCGCAGAAGCGGGUGCCGACGUCGUCGACGUUGCCGUCGACUCCAUGUCGGGCCUGACCAGCCAGCCCAGCAUGGGCGCCGUUGUUGCCAGCUUGCAGGGUACAGAACUCGAUACAGGUCUCAGUUUGCCGAAAAUAUCGGAAUACUCAGCCUUCUGGGAGCAGACGAGGACCCUAUACGCGCCAUUUGAGUGCACCACAACAAUGAAGAGCGGCAACGCUGACGUGUAUGGAAAUGAGAUACCUGGUGGGCAGUAUACUAACUUGCAGUUCCAGGCCUAUUCUUUGGGUCUAGGAGAUUUCUUUGAAGACGUGAAAAAAGCCUACGGCGAAGCCAACAUCCUUCUAGGAGACAUCAUCAAAGUAACCCCCUCCUCCAAAGUGGUAGGUGACCUGGCCCAAUUCAUGGUCCAGAACAAACUGACGUCAGAGCAAGUUCUCGCCAAGGCCGAAGAGUUGUCUUUCCCGAAAUCAGUCGUCGAAUACCUCCAAGGCCACAUCGGACAACCCUAUGGAGGCUUCCCGGAACCCCUCAGAUCCAAGAUUCUCCGGGACAUGCCCAGAAUAGAAGGCAGGCCGGGAGAGAGCUUACCUCCGUUGGAUUUCAACCAACUCGCUGUAGAUCUGAGAGAGACCUUCCCAUCAGCCACUGAUAGAGACGUCAUGUCCGCAGCUCUCUACCCGCAGGUCACGAAAGAAUAUCUCGUGUUCAACGAGAAGUAUGGGCCUGUGGACAAAUUGGACACCAGGAUAUUCUUGGUGGGUCCGAAAGUGGGCGAAGAGUUCGAUGUGACUAUCGAGAGAGGUAAAACUUUGGGAAUCAAGACUCUAGCUGUCGCUGAAGAUCUGACGGAGAACGGAGAAAGAGAAGUCUUCUUCGAACUGAACGGAACACUACGGUCUGUUUUGAUAAGAGACAAAGACGCUGAGAAAGACAUCGCUUAUCAUCCUAAGGCCGAUAAGACUAACAAAAAGCAUGUAGGAGCACCGAUGCCUGGUACCGUUAUCGAUAUUAGGGUGAAAGUGGGCGAUAGAGUUGAAAAAGGCCACCCUCUACUAAUUCUCUCUGCUAUGAAGAUGGAAACUGUUGUGCAAAGUCCUGUGGCUGGUAUCGUGGCUAGUAUCGAUGCUACAAUGGGCAUGAAGAUUGAAGCAGAAGACCUAAUAAUAACUAUGGAAUAA